AUGUCACCUUUAUUAGUUCGUGGAUCUCUUGAUGGUCCUCUAAGAAACACAAGUGGGAGCUUGAGCUGGAGAACAGCAGCGGUUGGAGGCAGAAGUGCGUCGGGCCCCUUGAGUCCUAUGCCUGCUGAGAUGAAUAUUGUUCCUUUACCUGCUGGACGGUCUGGCCAACUUCUUCCAUCACUGGUGAACAUGUCAGGGCCAUUAAUGGGAGUACGGAGUUCAACAGGAAGCUUGCGAAGUCGCCAUGUCUCUCGAGACAGUGGAGACUAUCACAUUGAUACUCCGAAUUCUGGGGAAGAAGGGCUGCACUUGGCUGCUGGAACUCAUGCUGUUAAUGCGAAAGAACUUCAAUCAGCAUUGCAAGGUCAUCAGCAGCACUUGCUCACUCAUGCAGAUAUAGCCUUGAUUUUACUUGCUGAAAUUGCUUAUGAGAAUGAUGAAGAUUUCCGAGAGCAUUUACCUUUGCUCUUUCAUGUCACUUUCGUCUCCAUGGAUAGUUCAGAGGAUAUUGUUUUGGAGCAUUGUCAGCAUCUUCUUGUUAAUCUAUUAUAUUCCCUUGCUGGGCGUCACUUGGAGCUGUAUGAUGUUGAAAAUAGUGAUGGAGAGAACAAGCAGCAAGUAGUAAGCUUGAUAAAGUAUGUUCAAUCUAAGCGAGGUAGCAUGAUGUGGGAGAACGAGGACCCUACGGUUGUGAGAACAGAGCUGCCAAGUGCCGCACUCUUGUCUGCUCUAGUGCAGAGUAUGGUGGAUGCUAUUUUCUUCCAAGGAGAUCUACGGGAAACUUGGGGAGCAGAGGCACUUAAAUGGGCUAUGGAAUGCACAUCAAGACACCUGGCCUGCCGCUCACACCAGAUUUACCGUGCUCUGCGGCCUAAUGUAACUAAUGAUGCUUGUGUAUGUUUGCUACGUUGCCUUCACAGGUGCUUGAGUAAUCCAGUACCAGCUGUUCUAGGAUUUGUUAUGGAGAUCUUGUUGACAUUACAGGUGAUGGUGGAGAACAUGGAGCCAGAAAAGGUGAUAUUAUAUCCCCAGCUUUUCUGGGGUUGUGUUGCCAUGAUGCAUACAGACUUCGUUCAUGUGUAUUGUCAGGUGCUGGAGCUCUUUUGUCGUGUAAUUGAUUGUUUAUCAUUCCGAGAUAGAACAACUGAGAACGUGCUUCUUUCAAGCAUGCCCCGGGAUGAGCUUGAUUCAACUGUUAGUGACAGUUCUGACUUCCAGCUGGAAUCUCGGAAUGCUUGUGAGCCAUCACCCUCCAAUGCAAAGGUGCCAGUCUUUGAAGGGGUGCAGCCGCUUGUUCUUAAAGGGCUUAUGUCAACUGUCAGUCAUGGUGUUUCCAUUGAAGUUCUGUCAAGGAUCACUGUGCCUUCAUGUGAUUCCAUCUUUGGUGAUACAGAAACACGCCUGCUAAUGCACAUUACAGGCUUACUUCCCUGGCUCUGCUUACAGCUUAGCCAGGAUGCAGUGGUCGGUCCUGCGUCACCACUCCAUCACAAUUAUAAAAAGGCUUGCUCUGUUGCAACCAACAUAGCUGUGUGGUGUCGAGCUAAAUCAAUAGAUGAAUUGGCUGCUGUGUUCAUGAUUUACUCCCGAGGUGAGAUCAAAAGUAUAGACAACCUUCUAGCUUGUGUUUCACCAUUACUAUGCAAUGAAUGGUUCCCCAAGCACUCGGCUCUAGCAUUUGGGCACCUCCUACGUCUUCUUGAGAAGGGGCCAGUUGAAUAUCAGCGUGUCAUACUUCUUAUGCUGAAGGCAUUGCUUCAGCAUACUCCGAUGGAUGCUGCUCAGAGUCCACAUAUGUAUGCAAUUGUAUCUCAGUUGGUAGAGAGCACUUUGUGUUGGGAAGCACUUAGUGUAUUGGAAGCGCUCUUGCAGAGCUGUAGCUUACCUGGAUCACAUCCGCAUGAGCUGGCGCAUUUUGAGAGUGGACUUGCUGGCGCUGAAGAGAAGAUUCUUGCACCUCAAACCUCAUUUAAGGCUCGGAGUGGGCCAUUGCAGUUCGCUAUGGGCUUUGGACUUGGAGCUGGUUCUACACCAGUUGCCCAACCAAAUGCAUCUGAAUCAGGUUUAUCGGCCAGAGAGUUGACACUGCAAAACACGAGGCUGAUGCUAGGGAGAGUGCUUGAUAGUUGUGCACUUGGGAGAAGGAGAGAUUACCGAAGAUUGGUUCCUUUUGUAACAAGUACUGGGAACCUAUAG